CUUCGGAGCGGGGGAGGGGAUCCCGCGGCGAGACUCGGGCCCCGGGGUGGCGGCUUUCCCGCGGGUCUCGACCCGGACCCGCCUCGCCUUACGCAGCUAACGGCCGGAGGGCAGGCACGCGGUGUGCUCGGCCACAGCCGUCGCCGUCCUUCCCUGAAGGGCCCCGAGCCCGCGGAAGACUCGCUGUCGCUGGGAGAAACUGAGGCGCGAAGGGCCAGGCCGGCCUUGCUCAAGCCCGGCGUGCGGGCGCCUCGCCUCGCGGCCCCUGGCCCGGCGCCCGGCGCCCUGCCGCGGGGUCAGGCCGGGGCGGGGCUUGGCAGGGCUGGUCCAGGAUGCGAGAUCCUGGAGGAAAGGAGCGCGGCGGCCUGUGGGGCGGCCGGCGGCCUGAGCUCCGGGGAGCGGGGAACACCGAGCGGGCCGUUCGUCGGAGCCACACGUCAGGCCGGAGGCGAGACCCCCGGUGCCGGAAUGGAUUUCCGAGCCCCCGACCUGCUGGACGCAUGGCUGGAGUCCCCAGAAGGCGUUUUCUCAACAGGAACCUUCCCGGAGCUGGGACUGCACGGCCCGCCUCCAGAAGCCCCAGAGACUAAGCUCCAAGAACAGGGGCUGCGAGGCUGGGAGCCCCCUGGAGGCCACGGCUGCGGCCUUCCAGACAGUGAGCCCGAAGACUUCCUGAAGCUUCUCAUCGAUCCCAAUGAAGUGUACUGCUCAGAAGCCUCUGCUGGCAGCGACAGUGGCAUCUCCGAGGACCCGGGCCGUCCAGACAGCCCUCCCGCCCCCCAAGCACCCAGUUCCCCUGCUCUCUAUGAGGUUGUCUAUGAGGCAGGGGCCCUGGAGAGGGCGCAGGGGGAAGCUGGGCCCGCCGUAGGCUUCAUCUCUCUCCAGCUAGGUCAGUGGAGCCCACAGCUUCUGGUGCCCGAUGCCUGCGUGGUCUGCGAGCUGCCCCUGGAUGCUCAUGCCGACUCCCUGCCCAGAGCAGGCUCUGUCAACCCAGUGCCUCCUGCAGCCCCGGAGGCACUCAGGGAGCCGGGAGCAGCCUGGGGGGGGGGGGGAUGGAAAAGACCGGGCCCUCCCCCACUGUCUUGUCACCCUCUCCUGUUGUCCGUUCUCCGCCAGCCGCUGGGCCACCCCUUGUCCCUGACAGAUGAGGAGAAGCGGCUGCUAGGGCAGGAGGGCGUCUCCCUGCCUGCUCACCUGCCCCUCACCAAGGCAGAGGAGAGGGUCCUCAAGAAGGUCAGGAGGAAGAUCCGGAACAAGCAGUCGGCUCAGGACAGUCGCCAGCGGAAGAAAGAGUACAUCGAUGGGCUGGAGGGCAGGGCCGCUGCCUGCUCUGCGCAGAACCGGGAGCUGCAGAAGAAAGUCCAGGAGCUGGAGAGGCGCAACAUCUCGCUGGUAGCUCAGCUCCGUCAGCUGCAGCUGCUUGUUGCCCGGACCUCCAACAAAGCUGCCCAGACCAGCACCUGUGUUCUGAUCCUUCUUUUUUCCCUGGCUCUCAUCAUCCUGCCCAGCGUCAGCCCCUUUCAGGGUCUCCGGGAAGCGGGGCCUGAGGAUUACCAGCCUCGUGGAGUGAUUUCCAGAAAUAUCCUGACCCACGAGGACAGGACAGAAAGUUUGGAGACCACGGUGGUAGGGUCCAGACUGGAGGGGCCACUUAAGGCCAAGGGUGAAAAUGGCUCAACAAGAACAGCACUCGCGAAGACGGGCGGGAAGACAGGCCCCAGCGGGCGCGGGGGAGCCUUCCCGCACGCAGAGGAGAUGUGAGCUGGAGGGCUCCGUGCCCACUUCCCCUCGCCGCUCUGGUGCUCCCUGGGUUUCCCAUCCAGAAUUCUUUGGCCUCAGGGGUCCGAAUCCAUUCCUGGACAUCCUAAAUGUCUGUACCCUGAAGCCUAGGCUUUGUGAGGAGUCAUUACAAAUCCUUUAUACAUCUGUAACUUUAUUUCUUCUUUCGGGCUAGGGUUGAGGGGAAACAGAGGUUUCGGCUGAGAAAUAAACUUUUUUGCUGAAA